AUGGAUUCUAACCCCAAACAACCGGACCGUGGUAUUAACACACGGCUUCUCAUCAUUUCAGAUACUCAUGGAAUGCAAUUCCCAGUCGGCGUUAGCGUACACGUAGAUGUGGCAAUCCACUGUGGCGAUCUCACCCAGCAUUCCAAACUAGACGAGUUCCGCGCAGGUAUCAGUCAAAUGGAAGCGAUUAAUGCGCCUCUCAAACUCGCAAUCGCCGGAAAUCAUGACUUUGCGCUCGAUAUACCGAUUUUCAGGCAGAAGAUAUCUGAGGCAUCUAGAUUGCAAGCUCUGGAUGAUGCGCUGGUCAGGAAAGAAUAUGGUGACUAUGGCGCAGCUCAAGAACUCAUGAACGAAGCGAAAGAAAAGGGCAUAAUUUUUCUGGACGAAGGAUCGCAUCGGUUUUCUCUCCAAAACGGCGCUCAUCUAAAAGUUUACGCAAGCCCUUAUACGCCAUCGACAAUAUCAUCUAAUGAGUGGGGGUUUCAGUACAGCGGCAACCACAGUUUUAGCAUCGACAGCGAAAUCGAUAUUGCCAUUACUCAUGGACCACCGCAUGGGAUGCUGGACAUGUCUGUAGAAAGAAAGAGAAUCGGAUGCCCGCAGCUCUUUGCAGCUGUAGCAAAAGCCCAGCCUAGGAUUCAUUGUUUUGGGCACGUCCACGAGGGAUGGGGUGCAAGAUUGGUUACUUGGAGAUCCCAAAUCUCAAGUAAUCCCUCUCAUUUUACCGAUAUAGAUAACGACAGAUCAACGACUAUUGAGACGCUAUCGAGUAUAAACGGAUCAAGAUUCGAGUCGCCAGAUCAAAAGGAAAUAAGAGAGAGAAAAGUUGCGGAAUAUCAUUUACGUGGCUACUGCCAAGUUAGCCCUUCUACCGAUGGGACGUUGUCUAUAGGGAAUGGAAAAACUUUAUUCAUCAAUGCAUCAAUUAAAGGCCACGAUAACCUGGUUCAAUUUCCCUGGAUUGUCGAUAUCCAGCUACCAGCUUAUGCAUCAUAG